AGUGGAGAGCAGCGAAUGACGGUCUGACCGUAGCAAGUAUCGAGUCCCGCCAACUGCGAAACGUUAGGAGCCGCCGAAGGGGCGUUUUCCACUGAGCUGCGAACAACGGUUUCCCUAUUGAAUCAGCAUCCCUCAGGAACUUCCCCGUAGAGCUAUUAGCCGUGCUUGCUUGAGCCUGAAAAAGAGGGUCUGGUCGCGCCUAGGGGCGAAUCCUCGACAGUUCCUUACGGAGCACGUUUACGGCCACUGAUUGCCGCUGGCGAGAAACGCAUAGAAGAUCCAUUGUGAGAGGACCGGAGUAAUCACGAAAACGAGAGAAAAUGACGGACGCGAAGUAUUUCACCACGACUAAAAAGGGGGAGAUCUUCGAACUCAAAAGUGAACUGAAUUCGGAGAAGAAGGAAAAGAAGCGAGAAGCCGUUAAGAAGGUUAUCGCCUCCAUGACCGUCGGCAAGGAUGUGUCAGCGUUGUUUCCUGACGUGGUGAAUUGCAUGCAGACGGAUAAUCUCGAAUUGAAGAAAUUGGUCUACCUCUACUUGAUGAACUAUGCCAAAUCGCAGCCGGACAUGGCUAUAAUGGCUGUGAACACAUUCGUAAAGGAUUGCGAGGAUCCCAAUCCCCUAAUCAGGGCGUUGGCGGUGCGCACGAUGGGAUGCAUUCGAGUGGACAAGAUCACCGAAUAUCUUUGCGAACCUCUGCGCAAAUGCCUCAAGGACGAGGAUCCGUACGUGCGGAAAACGGCGGCUGUUUGCGUGGCCAAGUUGCACGACAUCAGCUCUUCCCUCGUGGAAGAUAGGGGAUUUCUGGAUUCCUUAAAAGAGCUGCUGUCCGAUUCUAAUCCAAUGGUCGUCGCGAACGCCGUCGCGGCACUGUCGGAGAUCGCUGGCGAUUCGAAUUCAGCCAUGGCGCCUCAGUCCAUCAACAAACUCCUUACAGCGUUGAACGAAUGCAGCGAGUGGGGUCAAGUCUUCAUACUCGACGCUUUGUCUUCUUAUACGCCUAGAGACGACCGUGAAGCCCAGUCUAUCUGUGAGCGAGUGACACCACGGCUGGCGCACGCCAAUGCCGCGGUGGUUCUCAGUGCAGUCCGAGUACUCAUGAAGCUCAUGGAGGCUGUCGCCGCGAGUCCCGAUGGUCAAGAUGCUGUUGCGUCGCUUACGAGGAAAUUGGCCCCACCACUGGUGACGCUUCUCAGUUCUGAACCAGAAGUGCAAUAUGUCGCUCUUCGUAACAUUAAUCUCAUCGUUCAGAAACGCCCAGACAUCCUCAAGAACGAAAUGAAAGUCUUCUUCGUGAAGUACAACGACCCUAUUUACGUAAAGCUCGAAAAACUUGAUAUCAUGAUCCGUUUGGCAAAUCAGUCGAACAUUGGACAAGUUCUCAGUGAGCUGAAAGAGUACGCAACCGAAGUCGAUGUGGACUUCGUGCGCAAGUCUGUUCGCGCCAUCGGACGCUGCGCUAUAAAGGUGGAGCCCUCUGCCGAGAAAUGUGUUGCCACUCUACUCGACCUGAUCCAGACCAAAGUCAACUAUGUGGUUCAGGAGGCGAUUGUGGUCAUCAAAGACAUUUUCCGAAAAUAUCCAAACAAAUACGAGAGUAUCAUCUCCACUCUCUGCGAGAACUUGGACACACUAGAUGAACCCGAAGCUCGCGCUUCCAUGAUUUGGAUUAUCGGCGAAUACGCCGAGCGCAUCGACAACGCAGAUGAGUUGCUCGAGUCAUUCCUCGAAGGAUUCCACGACGAGAACACCGCCGUUCAACUUCAACUACUGACGGCGAUCGUGAAACUUUUCCUCAAGAGACCAACUGAGACCCAGGAAUUGGUUCAACAAGUUCUGUCCCUCGCAACCCAGGACUCGGAUAACCCCGACCUCCGGGACCGAGGUUUUAUCUACUGGCGUCUCUUAUCAACGGAUCCCGCAGCAGCCAAAGAGGUCGUUUUGGCCGAGAAGCCUCUUAUUUCUGAAGAAACCGAUCUCCUGGAACCAACUCUACUCGACGAACUCAUUUGUCACAUUGGAUCCUUGGCAUCCGUUUACCAUAAACCACCGUCGGCCUUCGUCGAAGGUGCGAAGACCCAACUGGCGCAUGCUAAGGGAAUAACGUCGUCCGGAAGCUCAGCAGCAACAUCCACAUCCGCAUCAGCAGUUCUACCCUCAGCGGCACCGGCUGUGAUCCCAUCAGCUGAUUCGCUCAUCGGUGACCUCCUCUCGAUCGAUCUAGGAGGUGGAUUCAACCCACCACAAGUGGCACCCGCAGUCGGCGGGGGCUUAGGUGAUGUGCUAGGUGGCGGCUUGGAUUCGCUUCUGGGCGAUGUAGGCGGAGCUCCCAUCAGCUCUGCGGCGAUUCCUCCAGCUGCUGCCGCGGCAGGCAACAAUACGGCCGGACUUCUUGGCGACAUUUUCGGGGUGACUCCUACCUCUGCAUUCCACACGCUUCCGAAACAGACGUGGCUCGAGGCUACUAGAGGCAAAGGUUUGGAAGUCACCGGCACUUUCGCUCGUCGCAACGGUCAGCUAUUCAUGGACAUGACGCUCUCCAACAAGGCCAUGGGAGCCAUGAGCGGUUUUGCUGUUCAGUUCAACAAGAACAGUUUCGGAAUAAUUCCAGCGCAGCCUCUCAACGUACCGCUGCCUCUACAGCCGUCGUACCCUCAGGAUAUUUCACUUCCGUUGACUGUCGGCGGUCCCGUACAGAAAAUGACCCCGCUCACUAAUAUCCAAGUGGCCAUUAAGAACAACGUAGACGUGCUGUACUUCUCGUGUCUCGCGCCCAUGCACGCGCUCGCUGUGGAAGAUGGACAAAUGGACAAGAAGGUGUUCCUCGCCACCUGGAAGGACAUUCCCCCGGAUAACGAAUUACAGUUCGAAGUAAACAACAACACGGGUCUUUCAUCCGAUCAAAUUUCUGCGAAGUUGCAGCAGAACAAUAUGUUCACCAUCGCUAAGCGGAGCGUCGACGGACAGGAUAUGCUCUACCUUUCGCUCAAGCUGGUUAACGGCAUUUGGGUGCUGGCAGAGCUCAAAAUCCAGCCCACGCAGCCUGUCAUCAAGCUGUCGGUCAAGUGCCGCGCGCCUGAAGUGAGCGCAGGUGUACACCAGAUCAUCGAAGAGAUCCUCCGCAACUGAAGCCAUGGUCAAUUGUGUACCCAAGCGAUUUCAGAUUGGAAUGCAUAAACGGCGGUCACUUGGAAAUAGUUCAGAACAGUAGUGCACUUUGGAGACUCAACUUAUCGAGCGCGGGGAGUCCUCUCUACAAUAAUGUCAUGUUAUCAGCAACAGGCUACAUCGAAGUUCCAGCGACGCGCACAAUACGCGGCUUGCGAUAUUACCACCAGGCUUGCUGGAACCGAAGGGUUUCGACUCUGACCCGUGGGAGUGUCAGGCGGAGAUUACUACCGAGCGACAACCCGGAUUGGAACAUGCUCCAGGUCACGACAGGCUGCUUGAAAAAAAUUGACGAAUCUUGAAGCUCAUUAGCAUACUAGGGCAGUUUUCCCGGAAUAUGCGGCUUCCCGGGAGAUGCCGAGCGUAGGGAAUUCCGUUUCGACCACCUCCAGUUCAACGAUUCACCAGGAUUCAAUUGAAUGAUUCCCCAAAGUCAGUUGCUUUCGCUAGAUAUCCGCAGAUUAGAAGAUUGGAUAGACGUAUCGAUAGAAAUAGAGAGAGAGCUGAAGGAUAGCAGUUCAUGCCUCGAGCUGAGGAUGGGUUAUUCGACGAGGAGGACAGAGUCUCUUCCAGCGAGAAUUUUUGAGUUCGACUCCCGAGGCAUUUCGAUCUCGCGUGGCGGUAUUUGAGUGGAAUGUUAUUUAUAGAAAUCGAAUUUGGUCCGAGAGGUGAUCUCUGACUGUGUGCCUCGCUACGAGUCAGUUUUUAUCUUUUCUAUCAUCAUCCGAGCACAAAACAGGGACUAAUUCGAUCGCUGGCAGUCUGUUGCCCUGACGCGGGCUCGCGAAACGGCGCCGACAGACUGAGGAAGUUUUAUGUCGAAAUUGCAUUCGAGAGCGAUGUUUGGACGUCGUCGUCUACUGUUCCCGGAGGGAGUUAGGCUCUCCGCUAGGAACGAGCCUGACGGGAUCCUUUAUCAUGGCCGCUAGCAGUCGUGAAUAUUUGUUCAGAUCGACGAGAGGUGCGGACAAUAUUUAAGUUAUCGAGAAAGAAAUUAUCUUCUUUUCAUAGAGACCUUCUCCAGAGGACACCAGAGCGCUAUCGAAGCGGUUCACAGUACGUUUAGGUAGCGAUUACUGGAAAUCGAGAGAAUAAAAAUUUC